AAUCUGUUUUUCUAGUUUUCCCUUAAAUUUGCCUUUCAAUAGCUCAUUUCCCAUUCUGUUUGGUUCGCGGGAAAGGAAAAUCUUCGUUUUACAAGCUUCAAUCGUAUCGAUUGUCUGAGACACCUCUAUAUUAAGGUUAAAUUUGAGGUCUUGGAUUUUCUUCAUCCAUAACGAUUUUGAGUUGAAUAUAGUUCAUCUUAUUUGCAAAAUACUAUGGCAAUGGGAACUUCAGAAGCAGUUUUGCAAGUUUUUUCUGGGGCAGUACCAUGCCUUUUUGGUUCUGAUCCAUGUUUUAGCAAAUCAGACUCCAUGAGCCCUUUUAAAUCCCACAUAAAAUCUGUAAAGAAAAGGGGAUCAAGGUAUAUGCUCAAGUGUUCAUAUAUGAUACGGAGUCACAUCAUGACCCAUCGGCUUCAUGGGGUUGGUGGUGGUUUGUAUGGAAAUACAUCAAUUCACCGAUCACAGCUUCAGAGUUGCAAAUGUCAAAGAGCUGACAGUGUAAGUGGGAUAGCUUCAGAGGCUGGAAAUGGAACCUGGUUUGUGGAUAAUGCAAAGAAACGGAAUCCAAUUAAUGGUGUAAUGGAUACACCAAACGUUCUAGAGUUUCAGGAUGUUCAAGAGCUGAAACCAGAAAUGGAGGGUUCCAUUUCCAAUGGCGCAGUUGAAACAGCAAGAGAUACCUUUGUCAAGGUUAGAGUUGACUCCAUUGAGGAUGAAGCAUGGGACUUGCUGCGGGAAUCUAUGGUAUAUUAUUGUGGUAGUCCCAUAGGAACAAUUGCUGCAAAGGAUCCAACCAGUUCCAAUGUUCUGAAUUAUGAUCAAGUCUUUAUCCGUGACUUUAUACCUUCUGGUAUUGCUUUCCUUUUGAAGGGAGAAUAUGAUAUUGUUCGAAACUUCAUCCUUCACACACUUCAGUUGCAGAGCUGGGAGAAGACAAUGGACUGUCAUAGUCCUGGUCAAGGGUUGAUGCCUGCAAGUUUCAAGGUGCGCACAGUUCCCCUGGAUGGUGAUGACUCUGCAACAGAAGAGGUAUUGGAUCCUGAUUUUGGAGAAGCAGCAAUUGGCCGUGUUGCACCUGUUGACUCUGGAUUGUGGUGGAUUAUACUGUUACGCGCUUAUGGAAAAUGCUCUGGAGAUCUUUCAGUUCAGGAGAGAAUUGAUGUGCAAACUGGAAUUAAGAUGAUUCUAAGGCUUUGUCUUGCUGAUGGUUUUGAUAUGUUCCCAACUUUAUUGGUCACAGAUGGUUCUUGUAUGAUAGACCGCCGCAUGGGGAUUCAUGGCCAUCCAUUGGAAAUCCAGGCAUUAUUUUAUUCAGCAUUACUUUGUGCACGGGAGAUGCUUGCGCCAGAAGAUGGAUCCGCUGACCUUAUCCGAGCACUGAAUAAUCGUUUAGUAGCAUUGUCAUUCCAUAUCAGAGAGUAUUAUUGGAUUGAUAUGAAAAAACUAAAUGAGAUCUAUCGUUACAAAACUGAAGAGUAUUCAUAUGAUGCAGUUAACAAGUUCAACAUUUACCCAGAUCAGAUAUCCCCUUGGUUGGUGGAAUGGAUGCCUAAUAAAGGAGGCUAUUUAAUUGGGAACUUGCAACCAGCUCACAUGGAUUUCCGCUUCUUUUCUCUUGGAAACUUAUGGUCUAUCAUAAGCAGUCUUGCAACAAUGGAUCAGUCGCAUGCUAUCUUGGAUCUUGUUGAAGCCAAAUGGGGAGAUUUAGUGGCAGACAUGCCACUGAAGAUAUGUUACCCUGCUCUUGAAGGUCAGGAAUGGCAAAUUAUCACUGGUAGUGAUCCUAAGAACACGCCUUGGUCCUACCAUAAUGCAGGUUCCUGGCCAACUUUGCUCUGGCAGCUCACAGUUGCAUGCAUUAAGAUGGAUAGACCACAAAUUGCGGCAAAAGCUGUUGAAAUAGCUGAGAGACGCAUAGCACGGGACAAGUGGCCUGAAUAUUAUGAUACCAAAAAGGCAAGGUUCAUUGGGAAACAAGCACGCCUAUUCCAGACCUGGUCAAUUGCUGGAUACCUCGUGGCAAAGCUCCUCCUUUCUGACCCCACUGCGGCCAAGAUUCUGAUAACUGAAGAGGAUUCUGAACUUGUCAAUGCCUUCUCCUGCAUGAUCAGUGCCAACCCAAGAAGAAAGCGAGGUCGAAAGAGUUCAACUCAGACCUUCAUAGUAUGAGUAUUGUCUGGCAACUAAUAAUUAUUUGGAAAAAGGUAUUCGAUAUGAUGCAUGCAUGGAAAGGUUGGUAAAGUAUUCACCUGAUUUAUGAUUUAAUUAAAGUCAUUCAUUGGCAAUUAUUUGAAAUUGGGUUUAUAAAUGUAAUAAUAUUCUUUUCUCUUUUCUUUUUUCCUUUGGAUAAGCUGAAAUUUGUAAUGUAGGCUUAUCCAUUUAUUGUAUGAUAUCUGCGUUAUAAAGAUUUGUGUAUUCUGAUUUAGGACUAGAGUUUGCAUUUGAAGCCUCCUGUAAUUGUAUGGACAAUGGGGAGACUGGUCUUUGAUUUGUACUGUCUAUGUUACUAGAUCAAUGAAAUGGAAGUCACUAUUUUAGAGAA